GGAUCAAUACGUUGAAUGCGUUGUGUUUGCUCUAAUCACUCUAUUCGACCACACAAUCCUCACACAACCGCUCCUUGACUAGGUUAGAUACUUGGGCCACUCAAUCGUAGUCAAAGUUCCAACUUGCUAAGCAAGGUUCGAUUCAAGGGCUUCACACCGACACCCUAUUUCGCCAAUCACGAUGUCUUCCGACAACGUACCAGAGAAUCUGAAGCAGCGAUUGAAGGAGUCUUAUGAUGCAAUCGCACCAAUGUACAACGAAUGGACAAUACCACAUUCACAACAACGACUAAAGUAUUUGGAUCAGCUUAUUACUCUCCUCGCCGGACAACCGACUGGACCAAUAUCGAUUCUUGAGCUCGGAUGCGGCUCUGGCAUCCCAGUGACCGAGAAACUUCUGAGUUGCGACGGUUACGAAGUGACAGCCAAUGACUUAUCCACUGCACAGAUUGAUGUGGCACGAGAGAAUUUAGAAACCCACAAGGAGCGACUUACACUAAUCGAAGGCGACAUGACAGCUUUAACAUUUGCCGACGCCUCGUUCGACGCAGUCAUUGGAAUGUACAGCAUCAUUCACCUGCCUCGUGCAGAGCAAGAGGAGAUUUUUGCGAAGAUUACGAAGUGGCUGAAACCUCAAGGAUACCUGCUCGCCAACUUUGGUGAGAAAGCGAGCGAAGGUCAAGUCUCUGAGAAAUGGAUUGCCGAGAAAGGCUGGGUCUACUGGAGCGGAUUUGGAGUGGACGAGACUUUGUCAAAGAUCAAGGCAGCCGGAAUGGACAUUAUCGUCAGCGAGGUCUCCAAAGACGUUGUGGAUGCAUCGUCAUUUCUCUGGGUUAUUGCACAGAAGCGCUAAAUGAGCAAGAAUGCGUGAGAAUGUUGUAACACCUCGAGGUGCCGCCAAUUUGAGCAAGUAUUUGGCAGGCAGAAACAAAGUUAUUUACAUGUCUAUCUCUGAACUAGUGCUCGGUUUUAACACACUCCCUGAAAUGACCC